AUGCUUUCCAAUAUUCUUCGCGGAAGCGCAAUGGCGCUCAGAACCACAUCGAUGCGGACCGCACUACGUCCUUCCGGUGCAAGUCCUGCCCUAUGGUCAUCUCUUCGUCUGUACUCGUCCAGCUUGAACAACGACGACAUCCGCUGCCGUGUCAUCGAUGUGGUCAAGGCGUUUGACAAGACCACUGCUAGUGCUCAGAUAAAUGCCGAUACGCAUUUCGCCAAGGACCUUGGUUUGGACUCGCUAGACACGGUGGAGCUUCUGGUCGCCAUUGAAGAGGAAUUCGACGUGGAAAUCCCAGACAAGGUCGCGGACGAGAUCAAGAGCGUUUCGCAAGCGGUCGACUACAUUGCUUCGAACCCAGAGGCCAAUUGA